AUGUACUUGGGAGAGCCUCAGACGAUCCAACAACUACACGAGUGGCUGAGUUCAGAAUGGACCUCCAGUCCUUUGUCGUGGGCAUCCUCAGAGGAAGGGAUUAGGUUUUUAGGGCUUGAAAUAUACAAGGUCAAGUCCGGCUAUAGAAUGUGCCAGCUUGGGUACAUCAAAGAACUGCUACGCCAUCACGGCUUGUCAGAGGGCCCAGGAGCACGUACCCCAUGCCCUCGUGAGUGGCUCCUUGGUGAUGGCGAGAUUGAGCAGACGACCUACGAUGAAAGGAGCCUUCGUAAGGCUCAGCAGAUGACAGGAGAGCUGCUUUGGCUGAGUACCAAAUCGAGACCCGAUUUGAUGCAUUCUGUUGCCAGCAUGAGCUCGUUAUGCCUACGGGAUCCGAUAUUGGUGGAGCGAAUUGGAAGCAGAGUAUUAGCUUAUCUGCACACCACGGCGCAUUUAUCCUUGAUGUUUGGUACAGCUGGAGCAGACGGGCCCCACGACGUGAUCGCCUACUCCGACGCCUCCUUCAGUCCCUCUGGAGGGAGGUCGAUAGGAUGCUCUUUGGUGACCUACCAUGGAAAUGCUGCUGCGUGGCGGUCCGGCCGCCAAAGUUUGGUGGCUUUGAGUACGGCAGAGGCCGAGCUCAUAGAAGCCGUAGCUUCGGUGCAGCUGCAGGCCGGAAUCGCAGCUUUGACGUGUGAGAUUAAUUUGGUACCAAUUCGCCGAGCACUGUAUGUUGACAACAGUGCUUCGGUCGGGCUUUGCACCGACUCCCCUGGCACGUGGAGGUUGUAUGAUCUGCGGAACAUGUGGGGCCUGAUCAAGUACGAAGAAGCCGAAGGCCAGCAGUCAGGGAAGGAAGACAGAGCCAACAAAGAUGCAAGUGCGUUUCGUUUGAGACUUUGUGGGGCUCAAGCCUUGCUAAAGGUGUUGGUGGUCUUAUACUGCGUUACGCAGCCUGUUGCGGGCAAAAAGGCGAAACCGGAUAUUGAGGUGACUUUUCCCUGGGAGUUAUAUGGCUUGGUUUUCCUGUUGGUUAUUGCUGGGAUUGCUGUGUGGGAGGUUGUGAAGAAGAUCUGGAGCAGGCUUCAGCCUGACGAGUCCGAGUCUCGGGAGGCUCGGCGGUUGAGGAAGCUACAGAGUGCGGUUCGGGAAGAGUUGCAGGGUAUAGGGCUCGCCAGCCCAACCCCUGCCACGACGUCAAGUUCCUCCUCGGCACGAGCAGCGCCAGCACCUACGUACACCUCGGGCGGGUUUGAUUCCUACUUACCCCCGCCCGCUCCUUAUCCUACCGGAGAUGAUCUACCUCCGCUUGAAGAGCUGCGUGGCUCAAGAAGGCGACGAUGUCGAGAUCAAGGUGUACAGACAGAGCCAAGAAGGAUUCAGGGCGAGACCACUAUUCAGUAUUCGACUCCGUUGUUCAUCACGAAGAGUGGUAAGUGUAUUCAUGCGAGGGAUACGUGUUCUUCACUGGUUGUGGGAGGACGGACAGAACAGAGGUUCCUGUGCCAGCUCUGCAAUCGGGGUUGA